AUGGCUGAAUUCGUAAGAGCUCAGAUCUUCGGUACCACCUUUGAGAUUACUUCCAGGUACUCUGACUUACAGCCUGUGGGCAUGGGCGCAUUUGGUCUCGUUUGCUCUGCCAAAGAUAACCUUACCGGUUCAAAUGUCGCGGUUAAGAAGAUUAUGAAGCCUUUCAGCACACCAGUUCUAUCCAAGAGAACUUACAGAGAAUUGAAAUUGUUGAAACAUCUCAAGCACGAGAAUGUUAUCUCUCUCAGUGAUAUCUUUAUCUCACCUCUUGAGGAUAUCUACUUCGUCACCGAGCUCCUUGGCACAGAUUUGCAUCGUUUGUUGACUUCGCGACCACUCGAGAAGCAAUUUAUCCAAUACUUCUUGUAUCAAAUCUUGCGUGGAUUGAAAUAUGUUCACUCUGCAGGCGUCGUUCAUCGUGAUCUCAAGCCCAGCAACAUCCUCGUCAAUGAGAACUGCGAUCUUAAGAUCUGCGAUUUCGGUCUCGCCCGUAUUCAAGAUCCUCAAAUGACAGGAUAUGUCUCUACAAGAUACUACAGAGCUCCAGAGAUCAUGCUUACAUGGCAAAAGUAUGACGUGGAAGUUGAUGUUUGGAGUGCGGGAUGUAUUUUCGCAGAGAUGUUGGAAGGCAAACCUUUGUUCCCAGGAAAGGAUCACGUCAAUCAAUUCUCCAUCAUCACCGAGCUUCUCGGAACUCCACCAGAUGAUGUUAUCCACACCAUUGCCAGUGAAAACACCUUGAGAUUUGUGCAAUCUCUGCCCAAGCGCGAGAGACAACCUCUUGCAAGCAAGUUUACUCAAGCAGAUCCAUUAGCUAUUGAUCUCCUCGAAAAGAUGCUGGUAUUCGACCCCAGAGCGCGAAUCAAGGCAGCCGAGGGAUUGGCACAUGAAUACCUUUCUCCUUACCACGACCCAACCGAUGAGCCUGCGGCAGAGGAGAGGUUCGAUUGGUCAUUUAAUGACGCAGACCUCCCAGUUGACACCUGGAAAAUCAUGAUGUACGAACAACUUUUCGAUUACCAAAGAUAG